AUGGCCUCUGGGCAGCUAUCGUCGUCAGGUUUCUACGCGACGUCGUACCCCACAGCCCUCUCCACCAUUCAAUCUGAAGUAAAUUCUGCAGUGGCUCGUGAGCGUCGCAUGGGGGCCUCAUUAAUGCUCCGUCUCCAUUUUCAUGACUGCUUUGUUACGGCAAAAUAUAUAGCAUUGAUGAUGACAAUUGACAAACAAUACUCUAUCCCUCUAUGUAUUGAACAGGGCUGUGAUGCAUCUCUUCUUUUGGAUGACAAUUCCACUACUGGCUUCCAAGGGGAGAAGACCGAUGUUCCCAACAACAACUCCGUGAGAGGAUUUGAAAUGAUCGAUGCCAUUAAAACUAAACUGGAAACUACCGAGUGCCCUGGAGUUGUUUCUUGUGCAGACAUUCUAGCAGUAGCUGCUCCCGACGCCGUCGUUGCUUUGGGUGGCACUUCAUGGACAGUGCAGUUGGGGAGAAGAGAUUCAACAACUGCAAAUUUUGCUCUGGCUGACAAUGGUGGCCUCCCGUUUUUUGACUCGGAUCUCAGUACCCUCAUAAAAAACUUUACAGACAAGGGGUUUACUGAAACUGAGUUCGUUGCUCCACAUCAGGAGCUCAUUCAGUUGGUCUGGCCAAGUGCUCCACCUUAAGAAGUCGUAUCGACAACGACGCCAAUAUAGACUCCACAUUUAAUGGAUUCCUAAAAUCCACCUGUGAUAAGGAAGGUGCUGACUUCUUCCACAAUCUUGACAACACAACUGAUACAACGUUCGAUAAUGCUUCUUUCACCAACUUGUUGAACAACAAGGGUCUGCUGCACUCAGACCAAGAGCUCUUCAGUGGUGGCUCCACUGACGCUGAAGUUAGAGCUUACAGCACCAACUCUGCAGCUUUCUUUUCCGAUUUUGGGAACGCCAUGAUCAAGAUGGGGAGCCUUGAUGUAUUGACUAGAAGUCUAGAACUGUUCACCAUCUCCUCAUCGUCUUCAGGAAUACCCCCAGCGUCGAGUUCGCCACCGAGUUCCGGAACAAGUACGUGCCUGUCAAUCUCCACCUCAGUUCUUCUCCAGUGCUCCCUCCCCUGGUUGUCCUUCACCAAUAGACUGCAAAAUCUUGGGUGUUGUAUCAUGAUGGAGCUCUUGACUUGUUCUUUCAAGUAGUUAACAUCGAUGGGGUUCUUUAAGCCCAGUGCGCAGUUGAUCACCUGAUUCAUUUCGCGCAGGAAAAACCGCCAAGCUUUGCUUUCACUUAUAGCCGGCCGUCGAUUUUGAUAUCGUUGCGUACGUUGAUUCCUCAUUUUCAAAGCACCAAGUUUUGAGAUUCAUUUGAUAAAGAAAAUUCGAUGAAACUUAAGAGACGUUUGUGUCUUUUCCCAUGACAUUUAACGGUGAGUUAAAUGUUGCAUUUUAAAGUUAAAGUUCGGGUAUUAGAUUGUUGCACAAGUUUUGAAAUUCAUUUGAUAAAGUUAAAUGUUGGAUUUAA